AGUGCUGCUUCCCGUGCAUAUGUUCAUCAUGUCUAGCAAUAGUUGUCACACCAAUGGCGUCUCUCAAAAACCAAUCGACGGUCUGAUUCGACAGGUCGCGCAGGCUGCAGAUGCUUUUCAAGAUAGUCAUAACGAAGCGGAUCGCUUGGCUGUCCUCCAGGCGGCGCAGAGGCUGGUGGAGGUGUUUCAGAAGCCGCAAGAUGCAGUGUAUAAUCUAGCUUACUCGCCUACUCAAGUGAUGUGUGUGCGCAUCGCCAUGGACCUUGGUAUUUUCUCCACGCUCAGUGAGCGGAAUGGCCCAGUUACGCUGGAGGAUCUGGCAGCCACGAAAGGGGCAGAUCUAGUCCUGACUGGUACUGUUAUCCCAAUCACGGUUGGAUACGUUGCAGAACAUGAUGUACGGGUCUACAUCCCCACAAAGAUGAUCAGGCAGAUGACAAACAGACUUAGUGGGGCCGUGGUGAGAUUCAUCUUCGAACUCGGUAUGCCUACCUUGGCUAAAGUACCCGAGUUUCUGCGUAUGACCAACUUCCGAAACCCAUCGGGUGCUCUGAAUGGUGCAUUACAGUACGCAGAGAAGACAGAAAUGUCGCUGUGGGACUGGGUGCCGACCAAACCAGGUUUCUUGGACCUGCUCGAGUGGGUUCCUGUCAAGGAGAGGAUUAUUGACGGAUUCAAAGAAGGCGAAAGUAAUAUCCUCUUGGUGGACAUAGCAGGUGGGCCCGGCCAUGAUUUGGUUGCUUUCCAAUCCAAAUUCUCUGAAGUGCAGGGACGGCUCAUCUUGGAAGAUCUGCCUCAUGUCGUGGCUGAGGCUACUCAGCACCCCAAAAUUGAGCAUGUAUCGUUUGACCUGUUCCAGGCACAGCCAAUACAAGGUGCGCGCACCUGUUACAUGAAAUUCAUCCUUCACGACUGGUCAGACGAGGAAAGUCGCCUGAUCCUGAGCCAUCUUGGAGCAGCAAUGAAAAAGGGAUAUUCCAAACUGAUAAUCGAGGAAUUCGUAUUGCCAGACAAGGAAUGUGCGAUGCUGCCAGCCAUGUGGGACUGGGAGAUGUUAAUUUUCUGUAACAGCAUGGAGCGAACGGCUAGUCAAUGGAUGAAAUUGCUGAACUCGGCUGGCUUCACGAUUGUGAAAUUUUGGGCACCUCCUGGUGACGGACAGAGCAUCAUCGAGGCGGAGCUGAAAUAG